AUGUCCCCCUACCGGCUGGUUUAUGGGAAGGCCUGUCACUUGCCUGUCGAGCUGGAACAUCGGGCAUUUUGGGCCCUCAAGAAGUUGAACCUUGAUCUUGACGCUGCUGGAGAAGCCCGCAUGUUACAGUUGAAUGAGCUUGAGGAGAUGAGACUGUUUUCGUAUGAAAAUGCCAAGCUGUAUAAAGAGAAGACUAAAAGAUGGCAUGACAAGCGAAUUCAGCAUAGAGUGUUUGAAGAAGGCCAGCGAGUAUUACUUUUCAACUCGCGGCUGAAGCUGUUCCCAGGCAAGCUCAAGUCCCGUUGGUCGGGACCAUUCACCAUAGUUAAGGUGUACCCAUACGGAGCUGUUGAUGUCAAAGAAGAUCAAUCCGGGAGGGUAUUUAAAGUAAAUGGGCAGCGACUAAAGCACUACCUUGGAGGGGAGGUCGAUAGAGCAAAGACCUCCAUCAUUUUGAAGGAUGCUUGA